AUGAUAGGUAAAUGUACUUUUCCUCUCAAUUCCAAAGAGAAGCAACAGCUCAGGAUGCCAGAGUCUAGCAACUCCCCAGAAAUUAAAUUGUCACAAUUUGUCAUUCUCUUAAUUUUUACAAUUAUAUGCAUUGAAAGCAUCACUGGUAUCAUUACAAAUGGGUUCAUCAUGGCUAUCAACGCAGUUGAAUGGGUUCAGAAAAAGGCAAUUUCCAGUGGAAGGAUCCUGCUUUUCCUGAGUGUCUCCAGAAUAGGUCUGCAAAGCUUUAUGAUAGUAGAAAUGAUAGUGACCACUGUGCUCCCAGUUUUUUAUUUCAAAGAUGUUUUAUAUGAUACAUUCAGAGUAAGCUUCCUGUUCUUAAAUUAUUGUAGCCUCUGGUUUGCUGCCUGGCUCAGUUUCUUCUACUUCACGAGGGCUGCCAAUUUCUCUAACCCCCUUUUCCUCAAGCUGAAGUGGAGUUUUUCUGGAUGGAUGCCCUGGUUUCUGUGGCUUUCAGUGUUUAUUUCCUUCAGCUCCAGCAUGCUUUUCUUCAAGAACACCUACACUGUGUAUACCAACAAUUCCUUUCCUAUCUGCAGCCUCAAUUCCACAAAGAAAAUGUACUUCAGGAAGACCAAUGUGAUCAAUGUGGCUUUUUUCUUCAGCCUAAGGAUCCUUGUUCCUUUGAUCAUGUUGAUCGUGGCAGCCACUCUGCUGAUCAUCUCUCUCAAAAGACACACUUUGCACAUGAAAAGCAGUGCCACUGGCUCCAGGGACCCCAGCAUGGGGGCUUACAUGGGGGCCAUUAAAGCAACCAGCUACUUUCUUGUUCUUUACAUUUUCAGUGCAAUUGCUCUACUUCUCAGUGUGUCUAAUGGCUUUGACUUACAUGGUUUCUGGAAUAUUCUAUCCUGUAUCAUCCUGGCUGCCUACCCAGCUAGCCAUUCAAUUCUAGUGAUUCAGGACAACCCUGGGUUAAGGAGAACUUGGAAGCAUCUUCAGUCUCAAAUUCAUCUUUACCCAAGAGAGUAG